AUGCACCAGGACAAUUUCUCAGGGUUUUUUCAGGCAUUGUGAAUAUUUUCACAAAAAUUCUCGCUGAAUAUUGUAACGUAAAAUAUUAUUUCAGGCUGUUUCAAUAUUGCUAUUUUUCAGUAAAUAAUUUUAAGUCGCCUGUAAUUAAGAGUUCUCCUUUGAUGGGCCCCUUUCAUAUAGUGUGACAAGUAAUGCUUGAUUAAGUUGACUGCUUACCAACACGAAUUGUUUGACAAUGGAGGACGGGCUUAGUCGUAGUAGGGCGAAACGUGAAUGUUCAAAAAGCACUGCAGAAACUUCUUAAACAGACUUUUGUGAGUUGUCAAUUAUUCUAAAUGACCAUUUCUUUGCACGUUGGUGUCAUGACAGCUGAUGAAAAGCCAGAAUCCAGCCAUGAAUAUAAUUUUUUUCUCGAUAGACAACUUCAGAACAAACUUUUGGAUUUUGACGAACAGGAUAUAGACUCAAGAUAUUUCCAAAAUGUCAAACUUGAGGGAAAGGCUUUUAGAGCACAAGCACGAAGUGAGGAGGUUACAGGAUGGAUAUUUGAUGCCAAAAUUAAUUUUAGAAAACCUGAAAAGGAAUCUAGUAGACAGUCGAAAGAAUUUAUUCAACCAUGGAAAGAUUACAAGACAAAACAACAAAAAGAUGACUCCUAUAUGUUUAGACAUUAUGGGGACCUGAAGAAAUAUAUUCAACAAUAUCGUGAAGAGCAUGCCAAUGCAAACGGAUUUCGGCCUCCGGGGGUAUUAAAGUCCGAUGUGCCAACUGGAGACAUCCGGAAAUACCUUCAUCACCAUUCUGCUCCAACUCCAAGUGUUGGUGCUACACAACAUCAAACCUCAACACAAUCUCCAGCCUCGGCACAAACUCAGGUUUCAUCAGUCUGUACACAGUGUACAAAUACUAGUAAUCAGCAAUUGAUUACUGCUUCUAUGUAUUACACUAAUCGGAAAGAUAGUUCAUUUUCUUUACCUAAUGGUGCUUCAGUGAGUAACCCUCGGACGACAGUUAACCACAGUCAUAGUCAUGGACAUCAGUGUAGUAAACAUAAUCAUAUUAAUCCUGAUCACGCCUAUAAGUAUAAAUUAGCCCCGGAUGCUGCAUGGAGAUCCGAUUCAGUUCAAUCUUCAAAUGUGGAUUCCGACCGAAAUGACGGUAUUAAAACCCCUCGAAUAAAUUCAGCAAAAGGCGAUAGAGGAAAAUCUCCUACGAAAGUCAUGGUUCCUUCUGGUGCUUCAAAUGGGCCCCAUAAAGGCCACCCAUUACAGACCGUCACUGUGGCGUGGAGACUGCCAAGUCAAGCGAAACAGUCAGGAGGAGACAACUCUGUACAGACUAGCACCACCUCCAGAACACUAGAUACGCUUGCCUGUGUAGCGGCAGAGAAGCAAGGCUAUUACUACGAAUAUCCUAUGUCCCCCCAUAUGACCUUUGCGCCAGACAAUAUGGACGGCAAGAGCGAUAUUAGUUUAAGUAGACUUUCAACAACAUGUCUUGGAGCAGAAAUGAGGGUGCGGAUGAACGAAAAGCUGGAGCCGUCAUGCACAUUUCAUCUCUUCCCUUCAGAAACAGUAAUAGACGCACCACCCAUUAUACUGAAUACGGCAAAACCUGUUCUUUGGAACCCCGCCAUUUCUUCGCCUGGGCAACGAAGGGACAAUCAACGAGAGACAGUAAUUUCAUCUCCAUUUAAGGGCUAUGUCAAAGUUAUAGAUCCAUGUGGUGAUUACAAAUCAAAGUUGAAGCUCGUUUUAGAUAAAGAGGAAACAGAAAAGGUUGAUUUUCCCUUGAUCAAAUCAAAGAAUGGUAUGCUAGUUGCUACGGAUAUAAAUUUAAGUGAUCAAGCAAAAUUCAAAACGGAAGCUAAUCCGCAGACAAGUCAGGAGCAACAUAUGGUUUCAGAGAGGAAAAUAGCUAGUGCCUCUUACGAGAAAACGAGUAAAUUGUUCUGUACAAAAAAUUUGAGGAGUAGGUUUGCCGGAUACAUCAAGGGAAAGAAAACUCGAGCUAGCGCCUUGCGGAAAUCUGCGAAUGCGGUUUCCAACAGGAAUGCAUUUUCUGCGAGAGUUGCGCGGCCAGAUCGGAAUGACGUUCCAAAGAGUCAUAACGGGGAUGCUGUCGAUUGUGAAUUAAAUCACUGGACAGAGGAAUCAGAAGAAACCGAAGCCUCGCCUCGAAAUGCUGUGGCCGUUUCCACUGUCGAAAGUAAUGAAAGUAUGAAGAGGGUAGCAGAGUAUAUUCUUAGAGAAUCAAGUGGUGUAGGAAAUAACAUAACACAUCAAGAUAACAGCUCCGAUUCGAACACACCAAGACAUGGGAUGUGGUUUGAUUCUACAGGACGAGCUUAUGUGAGCCUUGCCGCUCGCUACGAUCCUCUCAAGAAAUGAUCAUUUAUUGUAUUGAAUCAUCAAGAUCGAGCCUGAUUUCCCUCCAGACACUGCAGGACUCACCUGGUGUGAGAGAUUAGAACUUCUUCGAGCAGUCAACAAGCGACCGG